AUGGUGAGCACUCAAGUUACCUAUUCCAUUCUUGUCAUUUACAAGGUGAGGAAGGGUAUUUAUGAAAAUAAAAGGAACAGAAGGUUCCCUGUAACAUGUACGUGUAGGAAUGCAGAGGAUCCAAUUAAUCACAUUUUGAAUGGCAUUUUCAAUUUUGUAUUCAAUUCGACUCCUCUACUUUCGCCUGUCCCUACUACCGUGUACGCCCCACACAAGAGCAAGGUGGACUGUCCAAUAGAAAUCAAUUACACGUUUGAAUAUCUAAUCGAUAUGCAAGCCACCAAAAUAUUGGGUUCUUGCAACGGCUUACUCUGUAUAUCCACAACAACAAAUGGAGACGACAUAUUCCUCUGGAAUCCUUCUACCAGAAGGCAUCAGCCCAUUACGCCUUUACAGUUUCCCAAUGAUGGCGUGUCCUUCAAUAUCCGUUUUGGUUAUGGAUUUGGUUAUGAUCCCAUCUCCAACGAUUACAAGCUGUUAAGGGUUUUGCAGUUUAGUAGAGAUAACAUUUGGCAUUCGGAGGUGAAUCUCUACUCACUUAGCACCAACUCAUGGAGAAGGAUCGGGGACAUGCCCUUUGUCCCCAUCGAAUGGAAACGGGAUCGCCACUCUAAUAUUCUUGCAAAUUCUGCUCUCUAUUGGGUUGCACAUCCCUUGACGAAUGGUCACUCUGGCCCCAUUUUUAUAGGUUCCUUUGACCUUAGAGAUGAGGAGUAUCGAGAACUGCCACUGCCCGAUAUUGUGAAGUCUGGGAGGUUCACCAUGGGGGUGGGUUCAUAG